UGCAUCCGCACUCCCACUCGCUGCCGAGCCGCCGACGCUGCCAUGUUCAGCAUCCGCUGAGGGCCUCAUCUCUGCUUCAUAUUCAUUCAACCCCAGCAACUGCGCCCGGCAUCCCAGUACGCACAGCCAUCCAGCGCAGCCCAUCCAAGAGCAACCAACUCGCCCAUACCCUUCGCCCAAGCCCAGCCAUGGAUCCAGCCAGCCCAUCAAUCAAGAAUCGCUCGGCGCCGUCGUCCGGGCUAUCGAGUGUCCUUGCGCCGACCGUAGCUGUGGAGGAACUGUUUGAGAAUCAGCGAGGAUUUUACCUGGCCGGCAAGCCCAAGUUCACCAAGAAGGCUCUGCUGCCCACAGACUUUCCACCCUGGUCCGACGCUGCCGGCAAGUUUCGACCCGGAAUGAACAAGCUUGCCUGUCCACCCCGCUGGGAGUGGGUUUCGGAAUGGACGGUCGAUGCGACCGGCGAUGUCGAUGCCAAGGGCUGGAGUUAUGGCCCGCACUUCAAGAGCCUUCGGUGGAAGGGGCAGUGCGGCUAUUCCCACUACGUCCGGAGGCGCCGCUGGAUCCGCAAGCGCCAUCUGCCCAUCCAGCGACCGCAUUCAAUCAUCCGCUCGGGAUGGGAUCCGUCCCCAGCCAUCAAAGUGCAGCGGUCGACUGGGUCCUUGAUCGACAUGGCGCUCCAGCUUGACGACAAUCGCAUCGACUCUGAGCGGCUGAAUACCCUCGAGUCGUGGACACGAGAGUCGGGGCUGAACUCGGCCCUCAGCGAGAAUCUGACGCAAGUCCUCCGCCAUUUCGAGUUUGAUCACUACCGACUCAAGGCAGCCAUGAUCCUUUGCAAAGCGCUGCCGCCCUCCAAGCUCGACGAGUGCAUCGGACCCAUUCUGGAGACCCUUCAGUUCUUUUCGAGUCGAGUUGAGCUCCUCAAAGCCCUUGGCCUCGACCUCGCAUUGCUGACCCGGCCGCUCGACGAUCAGUAAACGAUCGAGUCUAUGAUUCAGCCACAUUUGUACGUUUCUUGAGUCGUGACUACAGUACAUUAGUGCGUCGUU